AUGAAAUGGACACGCGAUCAAGUCGUUCACGAAGGGUUGGCGAGGAGGCAGCGACCCAGCGAUCUUCCGAUUAGUGGGCGUCCUUGCUUCUGGCCAGGAUGUCCUGGCGUGUCAAGCUUCGGGCCCCCACCUUCCGGAACGCAGACUUCCACCCAAUCUGCAUCGACCUCCGAAAGCCCAACGUCCACUUCGCCGACAAUUCCAACCACCGCCGUCGAGGGGUCGCAGGUCCAGGCCAUUGUGACCGGCGUCUCCUCGUCAACGGAAGGCCCGGUACCCUCCGAUCUCUCAUCGCAAUCCACAGCACAAUCCUCCUCCUCCAAUCCGGUAACUAUCGUUGUCGCUGUAUUGUGCAGCCUUCUCGGCCUCCUCCUCAUCCUCGGGCUGUGUUUGUUCUUGCGACGCCGUCGCCGCAUGAGGCAACCUGCCGAACACGAGAAGAUUGAAGCCUUCAACGUCGAUGCGCAGGGCAGGCCGAACCCAAUAAUCAACACCACUGGACUUCAGAAUGGGCCCGGCACGCAGCCCUACCCCUUCCUCCUUCCUACUAGCGCCGCGACGACAACGACCUUAGCCUCGUCAAAGAUGAGCGAGAAGAAGGCAAAAUACGGCCUGAGGGCGAGCAAUAGCACUGCUGCCACAGCAGUCUCUCCGUCCACAUCGAGCUCGUCGUACCCAUCAACGAUCUCGUACGAGGUGCAGCAGGGGAUUCAGGUGCAGCUCAACGCGCUCCAGAUGCAUCUUCACCACGUCGAGGCGCAGGUCGCUCGGAAUGCGAAUGGGAACCAGGACGGUACGGGUGACCAGGAGCCGCCGCCGGUGUAUGUUGUAGCAUUGAAUGGAGAAGGAGUACAGACGGCGGACAGGCGAGAGAAAAUGUGA